GGGCGGCCGAGCCCCGGCGCCGCGGGCACCAUGGACAGUAUCCUGGAGCCCUUCCCCGCCGAGCGGCUCUUCCCCGCCGCCGGCACCGGCUUCCUCGAUUUCGGCGACUUCAGCGAGGCCGACUUUCUCAGCAAUGUGCAUUUCUCAGAGAACCUGGAUCACUUCUCUGACAACAUGGAGGAUUUCUCCAAUGACCUCUUCAGCAGUUUCUUCGAUGACCCAGUACUGGCUGAGAAGAACCCUCUGCUGGACAUGGACCUGGAUCCACCCACUCCAGGCAUCCAGGCAGAGCACAGCUAUUCCCUCAGUGGAGACUCUGCUCCCCAGAGCCCCCUUGUGCCUGUCAAGACUGAAGAUAAUGCUAACGAGCUGGAGAAUGGAGUGUGGUCACUGGGGCCCAAACUAUGCUCCAUCAUGGUGAAACAGGAACAGAACCUGCCUCUAGACCUGCCUGAGUCCCAGCUACCUGCCAGCUCCAUACCAGUGCUGAACCUCAACCCUCUGCAGAGACUGCCACUCCCCGAGGAGGUUCCUAUAGAAAUGACUCCAGCACCUGUGAUCAAAGCUGAACCCAAAGAGGUGAACCAGUUUCUAAAUGUACCUACAGUAGAUGACCUGGUGCAGAUGCCUCCAACUCCACCCAGCAGCCAUGGCAGUGACAGUGACGGAUCUCAGAGCCCUCGGUCCCUGCCUCCCUCCAGCCCAGCCCGGCCUGCUGCUCGCUCUUCUACUGCCAUCUCCUCCUCACCUCUCCUCACAGCACCACAUAAGUUACAAGGAACCUCUGGCCCACUGCUCUUGACUGAAGAAGAGAAGCGUACCUUGAUUGCAGAGGGUUACCCCAUUCCUACCAAGCUGCCCCUCACCAAAGCAGAGGAGAAAGCACUGAAGAGGGUCAGGAGGAAAAUCAAGAACAAGAUCUCUGCUCAGGAGAGCCGCAGAAAGAAGAAAGAGUAUGUGGAAUGUCUAGAGAAAAAGGUAGAGACAUACACAACAGAAAACAAUGAACUCUGGAAAAAAGUGGAGACCUUAGAAAAUGCAAACAGGACUCUGCUCCAGCAGUUACAGAAGCUUCAGGCUCUGGUAGCUGGGAAAGUCUCCAGACCUUAUAAAAUGGCUUCCACGCAGACUGGGACCUGUCUAAUGGUGCUGGCACUCUGCUUUGUUCUGAUCCUGGGAUCCCUGAUGCCCUGUCUCCCUGAAUUCUCUUCAGCAUCACAGACAGUGAAAGCAACACCAGCACCAGAUAUUUACACAACUAGUAAGAUUCAGUCACGGAGCCUCCUUUUCUAUGAUGAGGGUGCUGGCUCCUUAGAAGAGAGCUAUAGCUCCUUCCUAACCAUGGACCAUCCUGAGGGGUGGGAAGCCAAAAAAAGGCAGUCUGAAGAAGGAAGGCCUCAUCUGGCCAGGACACAUGAGACAGCUAAAUAUCUGAGCAAAACCCAGGGGGGUCCUGACCAGAACCAAACUGACCCAACUCUCAGCCACCUCAAAGAGCGGUUCCGUGAGAGGGAGACAAGCUCCAGUGAGACAACUGAAUUCUUGUAGCAGCUGCUGGACCUCAAGGCCUCAUCUGUCUGAUUGCAGGAUUCCCUCCUCACCAAGCAACUGAGGGGACUUGGCAGGAGAGGACACUGCAUUUAGACACUCCUAAACUGGCCUUGGGUUCAGCUCCUCCCCUUCCCCAUCAUCCCCAUUAGUGCUGAUCUCUCUGAGGGGAGUCACAGGACUGCCAGAACCAGCAGUAACUGUCUGGAGAAGCCCUGAGACUCCCUUUUCUCUGGCCUUACCUCCUGCUUAAAUGAGCACUACCCUAUGGAUGUGGGCUCACCUUGGAGAGGAGGGAGAUCAGGGGAAGCCCAUAAACUAUUCAGCUCGCUCCCCAAAGCCUCCAGACCAAGGGGGCUGUCCACACAUAUGUAGCUCUUGGCUACAUCAGAUGCACCUGAAGGAGAGAGAAAGUGCUGGAUUGACUGUUCUGCCCGAGGGUUUUAGGAGUGGGUGAUGCUGGUGCUGGAGAGAUGGCUCUGGAGAGUUUGAGCUCCUUCCUUGCCCUCCAUAUGUUAGUAUAUUUCUGCUUCCAUUGAGAGAAAACCUAGUUCUUCCUUGCUCUAGUUUUCUUUUGAUGGACAUGCCUACAUAACUUCAACACCAACUAUCUGCAAAGAUCUGCACACAAACGGAGUAGGGGAGAGAGAUCCCAGACAGAUAAAUCGCCAUAAAAAUUAGCCAGCAGCUUCUGGGUAACCAGAGCUCUGAAAGAGAACAAUUUUCCCUCAUAAUCCACUUCUCCCCACCCUUAGCACCCCUGUUUUGGCAGGGGUGGUAUUUUUCUUUCUGUUCCCAGCUUGGGCCCCACAGUGCAGUGCUAGCCAGGUCAGUGGUCUUCUCACUUUCCAUUCUGCAAGCCUUCCCCUUUGAGAGUGAGUGAGAAAAAUACAUUCCCAUAACCCAAUCCCUAUCCCAGCUCUCCAUCCCUGAAUCUGCUUCAUGCCUAAUUGGGGUCUUCUUAGGAAUCACCAAGGAGAGCUCUACAACCCAUUGGAGGGCUGUCAGAUUAGCCAGCAUUCCCCUCACAUCCUCUGUGUGCACAAUAGUGUUGUGAAAGCCACUGAGGACAUACUGGCAUUUCUGGAGACAGGUACAUCUGUCAGGAAAGAGGUGGUAUGUUGGAAUUGGCCAGGGUCACCAAAGACAUUUUUAGAUCUCUUCUUUCUAAAUGCUGACAGCAAAGAUAGCAAACUCUUGCCAUACCACCUCUCAGGCCAGCCUUGCCAAGUUUGGUGUUGAAGUGACAUCAUCUCAAGCCUAUGCCAUUCUCUUUAGCACCCAGGCACCCAUUUCUGACCCUUCUUCCUCUCCAGCAGAAGUCCUGCGAAAAGGCAGAAGUGUCUCCUCGCUCCAUUCCCUCAGCUGCCAUUUGAUGGAAGGACAAUGUGGGACACGAGUGUCGGAGAUCUGGGAUGUGGCAGGUUGCCCCAUGUGUAACACGGAGUCCCUGUGCACUCUGCCAGGUCUCACAGCAGGCUCCUCUUCUGCUUGUUUCUCAUCAAGCACCCUCGACUCACUCUGCACUGCCCCAGCCUCUCCUCUUCCCCCCAGACUGGGAGUGGAGAAGGCUUCCUUUAGAGGAAGGAUGGGAUGGCUCUUGUUCAAGGACUUAGAGGUGAGGGAAGAGCCCUCACAUCCUUCUUUUCUCCCUAUUGAAAAUUGGUUUUGCCCUUCCAAGUCAUUUAGGAAAAUUUGGACACAGCUGGCUGCAAUUGUGCAUGCGUGGCCAGUGGGGUGAGGAAGAGGAAGGCUUUCAGCAUUGCUCUGCUCUCCCCACAGGACCCACUGGUCAUCAGAUACCACUGCAUUCCCCAUUCUGCACCUCCACCCCAGCACAAAGAACCACUGCCGGGUCCAAGCACACCCUCCCCACCCCAACACUUCCACUGAGCAUGUCCCCGUGCCUCCCACUCCCCACCGUUGUACAGAGAUCAAGAGCAGAACUCGUUUGUACAUAAUGAAACUUAUUUUGUAUUAUUGCCAAUCCCUUAAGAUAUUGUAUUUUGGAGACUCUGAGAUCCUAUUUUCAGUAUUGUAUUUUAUUAAGAAUUAGUGCGGGCUUGGCAUCUAUGAACUUCUUUCUUGUAGCAGCUCACUUUCCACUUAUACUCCAGCAGCUGCUUCUUCCCUCUUAGUUUUUUUGUGGUUUUUGUUUUGUUUUGUUUUCAAGCCACUCUUUUUCCUCCUUCUAUCACUUGCUCUGCAUUUGCUUUAUGAAGCAAAAUAAAAAUAAAAUAAAAAGAUGCAGCAUCAGCCCUGGGUUGACAGGUGCUUUCAUUGAAGCAUGGUAGUCACACCAGCCCACAUCACAGCUCUUAACCUCCUGCUCCCUCUCCUGUUCCCUGGCCGUGUGCAAAAUUGGUUCAGUACUGGGACUUCAUGCUCCAUGUCAGGGGCUAGAAACAAACUUGCAUGUUUUAUUUCCAGCAGCACUGUCAUUGUCAUUUCUUCUGCAGUUCUGAACAAGUCAGAACUCUUCUGCCUCAGUUUCUUUCCCCCCCUCGAAACACCACUAUCAUCUUCUUGGAAGGAGUAAGAUCAUGGAAGAAAGUACAUGAGAAGCAAAGAGCUACUUCAAUGAAGAGGCUGUGCAGGGGUCUGUACAACAAAGACAUAGCUCAUAGCAUGAUGUCCUGUCCUGUCUGAAAAAAUACCUAAAUCUUUUCAUUAACUGUAAAAGCAGAGCAACUGCACUCAAAU